GUUCAUACUGCUGUCACGUUCCCACUCCACUUUCUCAUUCAGUCUUCAAGAGAGUGGUCUGAUAGAGAAAGGUGACAGUUCACUUCAAAAUUUAUCUUGUCGUCCCCAGGCCAUCUCAUCAAUAUGCAGCGUUCAACACCUGUGGACCCCACAAAGAUGGGGACUGGAAGAGCCAUCGCUGUCCUCACCUCUGGAGGAGAUGCACAAGGUAUGAAUGCUGCUGUCCGAGCCACGGUGAGGGUUGGGAUCUACACCGGCGCGAAAGUCUAUUUUGUACAUGAGGGUUAUCAGGGCCUAGUCGAUGGAGGAGAUAACAUCCGACAAGCAACUUGGGAGAGUGUGUCAAUGAUGCUGCAGCUGGGUGGCACAGUGAUUGGCAGUGCCCGCUGUCAGGACUUCCGCUCUAAGGAGGGCAGAGCUAAAGCAGCAUGUAACCUGGUGAAGCUGGGCAUCACUAAUCUGUGUGUUAUUGGUGGAGAUGGAAGCCUGACAGGCGCCAAUGAGUUUCGCAAUGAGUGGAGUGAACUGCUCCAAAUCUUGCUAAAAGCAGGUAAAAUCACAGCAGAGGAGGCUAAACGCUCAUCUCAUCUGAACAUCGUUGGGAUGGUUGGCUCCAUCGACAAUGAUUUCUGUGGCACAGACAUGACCAUUGGCACUGAUUCGGCUCUGCACAGGAUCAUGGAAGUAGUGGAUGCCAUCACAACAACAGCUCAGAGUCAUCAAAGAGCCUUCAUUCUGGAAGUGAUGGGGAGGCAUUGUGGAUAUUUGGCCUUAGUCACUGCCCUGGCGUGUGGCGCUGACUGGGUUUUUAUUCCUGAAAUGCCCCCAGAUGAAGGAUGGGAGGACCAUCUGUGCAGGAGACUUACCUAUCAAAGAAGCAUUGGCAAUCGUUUAAAUGUCAUCAUUGUGGCAGAAGGCGCUUUGGAUCGCCACGGCAAACCUAUCACUUGUGAUAUUCUAAAGAAUCUGGUCACUAAGAAGCUCAGCUUUGACACACGUGCCACUAUUCUGGGUCAUGUGCAGAGAGGAGGAACCCCUUCAGCCUUCGACAGAAUCUUGGGCAGUAGGAUGGGGGUGGAGGCUGUGAUGGCAUUGCUAGAGGCCACUCCUGACACCCCUGCAUGUGUGGUCAGUCUGUCUGGAAACAUGGCGGUUCGACUGCCCCUCAUGGAGUGUGUGCAAGUGACAAAAGAAGUGACCAAAGCAAUGGCAGAGGGCAGGUUUGAGGAAGCUGUUAAGCUCAGGGGAAAGAGUUUUGAGAACAACUGGAACACAUAUAAACUCUUGGCUCAUGUGACCGCCCCAGAUGUGAAGAGUAAUAUAAACAUAGCUAUCCUGAACGUGGGAGCUCCAUGUGCAGGAAUGAACGCAGCAGUCCGUUCAGCCGUCAGGAUCGGUAUCCUUCAAGGACACAACAUGCUAGCUGUACAUGACGGCUUCGAUGGACUUGCACACGGAACUAUUGAACCAAUGGCAUGGGGCUACGUUGGAGGCUGGACAGGCAAAGGCGGUUCUAAUUUAGGAACCAAGCGGUCACUGCCAGCUAGUAUGAUUGAAGAGAUCAGUCUGAAUAUAGCCAAGUUUAACAUUCAUGCCCUGGUUAUCAUUGGAGGGUUUGAGGCCUUUGUUGGAGGUUUGGAAUUAGUGACUGCCAGAGAAAAAUUUGAGGAGUUGUGUAUUCCCCUGGUUGUUAUUCCAGCUACUGUGUCUAAUAACGUUCCUGGAUCAGAUUUCAGCAUCGGUGCUGAUACCGCUCUCAAUACUAUCACAACUACAUGCGAUAGAAUCAAGCAAUCCGCUGCUGGAACAAAGCGUAGGGUUUUCAUCAUUGAAACAAUGGGGGGAUACUGUGGCUAUCUGGCAACCAUGGCAGGAUUGGCUGCAGGGGCUGAUGCUGCUUAUAUCUAUGAAGACCCAUUUGGCAUUCACGACCUGGAGACAAACGUGGAGCACUUACUGGAGAAGAUGAAGACCACAGUAAAAAGAGGCCUCAUCCUUAGGAAUGAGAAAUGUAAUGCGAACUAUACCACAGAUUUUCUCUUCAACUUGUACUCCGAAGAGGGCAAGGGAGUUUUUGACUGCCGCAAGAAUGUGCUUGGACACAUGCAGCAGGGUGGAACCCCUACACCAUUUGAUAGGAACUUUGGCACAAAGAUGGGUGCUAAAGCAGUGUUAUGGUUGACUGAUAAACUGAAGGAGUGUUACAGACAUGGCCGUAUCUUUGCCAACACACCAGACUCUGCCUGUGUUUUGGGAAUGAAGAAGAGAGCCAUGAUCUUCCAGCCUCUCUUUGAUCUCAAAGAGGACACUGACUUUGAACAUCGUAUACCGAAGACUGAGUGGUGGCUGAAGCUUAGGCCCAUUCUCAAGAUUCUGGCUAAAUACAAGAUCAGUUUGGACACCUCAGAGACAGCUACAAUGGAGCAUGUUAUCAAGAAGAGAGGAACAGUCUAGACUACACACACACGCACAGAAUUACAGUGGGAUAGAAAGAUUUUUGAGCCAUAUGAUCUUAGUAUACAAGAACAUUCAGUUAAUCACCCUCAUGUUCUUCAUAAACCAUAUGAACACAAAAGGAAAUAUGGGUUACAUGAGUGAACAAAUAAUGUCAGAAUUUUCAUUUUUGGAUGAACUAUGCCGUGAAGUACAAAUAAGAUUUCACUACUGGAUUUCUCAUUUUGGAAUAUGUCUGGACUAAAUUGUACUAUUGUUUAAAAAUAAAAAAUAAAUAAAAUGGGCUAAAUGCAACCUGUACAUUUUACAAGCUUUCACUGAACAUAGAUUGAAAUUCGUUAAGACAUUACAUAUUUUCAGUGUGUUUUGGAUUUUUAUUGUAAAAGGCCAACAAAUGAUUUGCUUAAUUUUAUAAAAUGUACAAAAUUUAGACUCCAAAGUUCAGAUUUUCUUAUCUAUAUGGUAUCCCCCCAAAACUGUACUAUAUAUAUAUAUAUAUAUAUAUAUAUAUAUUACAUUAUCAUAAUUAAAACAUUAAAUAUACUAAUCCUACCACACAUACCGGUUUUCUUCCAGUAUGUCCCAGAAUAUCCUUAAACAUCCUUGAAACCCUGACUACAUACACCUUUCAGCAUAUUCAUGUGGUGGUAAAAUAAAGAUGCUUGUCAACA